CAGCCGCAGCACAGCCAGCGUUGAAAUAUCGCGAGAGAACGUGGAGGAAACCGCGUGUGUUUGUGUAACAUGUUAGGAAAUGCAUUCAAUGCCCUUUAAUGCAAUGACAGAACUGCCCCCAUGGCGGGACACCUGAAGAAACAGUUAAAAGACGCAGUGAAGAUCAUCAGCUCGGGGAGCCUUCUGUUCGCCUCCUACCUCACUGCGGUUGGAGAUGAGCGUUUCUAUGCCAACCAGCUGAUGCCCCUGCUGCAGAGGAUUGUGGGUGCAGAGACGGCUCACGUGCUGGCAGUGAAGGUGAUCGGUCUUGGUCUGGUUCCCCUGAACCGCUACCAGGACCCUGCGUCACUGGAAGUGAACGUCCUGGGAUUAAAGUUCAAAAACCCCAUUGGGAUCGCGGCGGGUUUUGACAAGCAUGGAGAGGCCGUAGACGGAUUAUACAAGGUGGGCUUUGGCUUUGUUGAAGUGGGCACAAUCACUCCCAAGCCUCAGGAGGGGAACCCCAAACCACGUGUGUUUCGACUAACUACAGAUCAGGCAAUUAUUAACAGAUAUGGAUUCAACAGCUGUGGUUUGGUAGAUGCACAACAGAGGCUGAAGGCCAGAGAAGGCACUCAGGAACAGCAAAGUAAAGCUGGCCUUCCCUUGGGCAUAAACCUGGGGAAGAACAAGCUGUCCCAGGACGCAGGGGCAGAUUACUUGGAGGGGGUGAGAGUGCUGGGCCCGCUGGCUGACUACCUGGUGGUCAAUGUCAGCAGUCCAAAUACUCCAGGUCUGCGGGACCUACAGGGGAAGGCUGAGCUCCACCAGCUCCUGCAAACGGUGUUGAAGGCACGUGAUGCCCUGCAGGGAGAAAGCAAACCUCCAGUCCUGGUGAAGAUCGCUCCUGACCUCACUGCACAAGACAAACAAGACAUCGCUGAUGUUGUCACUGAGCUGGGAGUGGAUGGUUUAAUGGUGACUAACACCACAGUGUCCAGACCAGAGACGCUUCAGGAUGCCAAUAAGUCUGAGGUCGGGGGGCUAAGUGGCCAGCCUCUCAAAGACCUCUCUACUGACACUGUGAGAGAGAUGUACAACCUCACCAAAGGUAAAGUACCAAUAGUUGGAAUCGGUGGUGUGGCCAGUGGACAGGAUGCUCUGGAUAAGAUCCGUGCUGGUGCAUCACUGGUUCAGCUCUACACAGCUUUGACCUACCAGGGUCCGCCCAUAGUGACGAAGAUAAAACGAGAGUUGGAACAACUUCUCAAAGAACAAGGUUUCCGCAGUGUAUCAGAGGCAGUGGGAGCAGAUCACAGGGCAGCAGACAGGUCGACUCACAAGCUGAGCCCGCUGAAAGAAAUAGCCAACACAGAUGCAGCACCUGUAGCUGCCACCACGUCCUACUAAGCAACACGAUCCUCAACUCUUCCUGAACUGUGAUGGAUGCUGAGUAUUUGUGAUUGUCCAUCCGUCCGUCUUCAGUGAGGAUACUUUUUAGCAUUUGUGUCGAGGAGUGCAAAUGCUGAACGCGUCUGAUUUCAUCUCCUCACCUUUUACUUGAACAUGAUGUUAAAAUGGUUAAUGAUGUUGAAUCUCCACAUUAAGGAGCUGAGAUCUGUUUGUAACUUUAUUUCAGAUGUUCAUCCUUUGUUACAGUGUAACAGCAGUAAGUGAUUCUCAAGUGCACUCUGACACCAAAGUGCUUUAACUCUUCAAACUCAAACUUCAAACAUUUUUUUUAUUUACAAACAUGCACCAACUGUUUUCCUUGUGUACAAAGAAAAAAUAUUCUGACAUGAUGUAAUAAGGAUGAAAGAGCAAAAGUUGUCUUGUCUUAUAGAAGCUGUAAUGUGCGUCCAAAUGUUGUAUUAUACGCUGCACAUCUAAAGAUAGAUGCUGGCAGUGUAAAAUAUUCAUAGAUCCACAAAAUAUUAAUUCUGCACAAAAGUCCAGUCAGUCACAGCUUGAAUGUUAUUUGGGAUUCAUGAUCAUGGUAUUUAUUUGGCUGGGUGCUAUGAGACAGGACCUGUAGCAGGACAUUGUUUGUUUGUUAGCUUUUUGUUUAAGGGUACUGUAAGACCUACCCUGACAUCCUCUCAAAUUAAAGGUGUGACGUUAUUCUUAUUCAUGGAUGACGUGCCGGGUCAAACCCCAAUUUCUGCACCAGAGAGCUGUUUCAUAAUACUUAAUUUAUGUUGACAUUACUUAUGUUGUCAGUUUUACUGUCAUCUCUACCUUACAUUGUAGGAGACUGUCAAAUAGAGCCAUGGAUUCAGUACUCUGUAUAUAAAGAAAUAUCCAGUGUGAAAAAUCCACAACUGGAAUGAAACUACUGUUAAAACUUUGAUUGAUUACAGAACAAAUAAAUGGGGAUUUUUAUGAAAUUUCUCGCUAAUAUUUGUCCUAAUGUGACGUAAU